UCCCCCCGAAAGAGGUCCAGCGCCCCAACGGAAGGGAUGUUAAAUCCGUUGUGGCCAAGACUCGAACCCGGGUGGCGGGCAGUACAGCUGUACCUCCUUUACCACCAAGCUACGAGCGCUUGGUUCACACCACACUUAUUAAGCCUUUAAUGUUCAAAAUUUCAAUAGAAGAACUUCUUUACUUUUUGCUUUAAUAAAAGUGUUUGUAGUAUGAGUAGCUACCCAAAUAAGAUAUGUAAGACUAACAAGAGAAGCACACAAUUUCGACUUCAAAUUGUAAAAGUCAGGAAAUUAAAUUCGUAGUGAGCAUUCAAUUAAUGUUGCAACUUAUUUUCAACUCUUAUGCAAAGAUUGACCAACCGAAUCAAGUCUUGACUUUGUAAGAGAGAAAAAAAAACAAAAUUGAUUGUCUAAGUGCCCGAACUAAGCUAUUAAGCCUAUUUCUUUUGAAGCUUUUAACGUGAACUAACAAUUAGGUAAUAAAUAAUUAGAGAUAUAGUCUAAGGGGUUAUUUAAAACGAAUAUGAUUAUUAGUUGCAGAGAAAUAAUUUAUUACGGUGAGAUUCAUUUUUUCUUAAACAUUUACCAAAAGUAUUCAUUUUUACAAUCGGUUUUUGUCCUUCUUCCUCAACUAAUCGACCUUUAUAGCACAAGCACACACCCACUAAUGAACCAACUGGCUUGAUUGAAGCAGGGGGGAAAACUGUGUAUAGGUUACCUAUCUCUCUCUCUCUCUCUUCAAUCUAAUGUUUCCUUCAAUAGACACCAAUGGCUAUGACCUCUUUGAUCCCUUCAAUCUCCAUGAAGCAACCAUGCUUCCUUCUUUCACUACUCAUAUCCUAAGCCCUAGUUCUCACCAUCAUUACCCUUUUCCUUCCUCUUCAGAUUUUCUUGAUGAAUCUGUCUUGAUAAGCCAAUUCUUGUUACAACAGCAAGCUGAUGUUGAUUCUCCGAGAAAAUUACGUAGGGAGCUUGAGCAAGAAAAAAAGAAUGAGGAGUGGGUUGAUGGAACCACCUCAGAAAAGGUUUCACCAAGAAGAACUGGAAAGAAAAGGGACAGGCAUAGUAAGAUCUGCACCGCUCAAGGUCCUAGAGACAGGAGGAUGAGACUGUCUCUCCAGAUUGCUCGCAAAUUCUUUGAUCUUCAAGACAUGUUGGGUUUCGACAAGGCGAGCAAGACCAUUGAAUGGCUUAUCUCCAAAUCAAAGGCCUCCAUCAAACAAGUGAAAGAAAGUGCAGCGGCAUCAGGAAACCAUGAACAUCUUCAGGUUAGUGACAAUGUAAAUGACGAGACACAGAAAGUCUCAAAGGGAAGAACAAAGAGGGUGGACGACUCUUGUAAGAAGAAACAGUCGAGAGAGAAAGCUAGAGAACGAGCAAGAGAGAGAACAAUGACGAAGAUGAAGAUGAGAUUAUCAGGACUGAUUGACACCUCGAAAACAUUUGCAGAUCCUAAUCAAGUGUCAAGAAAGACUAAGAUAAUCGGUGGUGCACAAGAAAGAGAAAACCUAGAACAAGAAAGGAGUAUUAUAGAGAAGUUUCUUGGACUAACCAGUGAAUCUAGCUCCUCUACCAUCUUUGGAGACUCCGAGGAAUCUUACACAAGUCUUGGCUCAAUUAGAGAAACAGUUUCAACAACAGGAAUGGUGAUACCAAGGGAACAUAACACAACUUCAACAGCAUCAGUAGAUGAGGAGAGAAACCCUAUUUCAACUUUUUCUCUAUACGAUUAUCUCUGCUACUGAUGAUCAUGAUGCUCCGUUCUUAUAAGGUAUUUGGAGUUUCUAUAUGCAUCCACAUAAGAGCCUCAUGAGCCAAAUCUUUCGCAUAUAUAUAAUUAUAAAUGUAGACGUGUGUGUAUGUGUGUGUGUGUGGGUUUUGACUGCUAAUUUGGCUGAGGCUUUGGACUGCUUGAUUGAUGGAGAAACUUAUAUUCAAUAUUUGUGGUUUUAAAUAAUUAAUUAUUUAGCAAGUUUCUACUCCGGCCUUGAUAUCAAUUUAUUGUUGUUUUGCCUUCUGUAGUUGGUUGCCUUUCUAAAUGUCAGUAUAGGAAAUUUAAAAAGUUAUGUCACAAACGCACCGUUAAACACACAGCAUAUGUAACAUAUAAAUUAUGAUGAUAUAUGGUGGCUUACAUACUGAUUCAGUGUUUGAUUGGUAUGCACAAUCGUUAGUCUUUAGAUAAAGAAACUUUUAUUAACCACAUUUCUGGAUGUGUAAAGCAACAAUUAGAUGUUAGGUGGUAUUUAGAUAUAUACCAUGCAUCUUUGGUGAAUCUUGCAUGUAUAUUCUUUUUUUUUUUUUUCCGCCAAGGUGAUUUUUAUAUUAAUCCAACGGGCCAAGCCCAGACGGCCGAAGCCCAAGUACACAAAGUGCUAAAAAACAAACGACCACUAACAUAAUGGGCUACAGUAAUAACAGC